CGCCAACUCCUGGUGCUGCACAGGAUCUGAACCCGGAGGAAAGUGCAGGCAACUUCAGUGAAUAGCGGUCCACAUCUGCAUGUGGAGAUAGGCAAGCAUACAAAUUCAUCUUCGUCACGUGUCCUGUGCUCGUUCUCCUAGCCUCGGCUCCCGGGGAGUGAGGGUUUUGAUUCACCCUACUCUUGGUGAUCACGGCCGUUAUCUGGGCGAGUGGAUCAUCCGAGAAACUGUCCUCAUUUGCAGCCCUUGGAGAGGUUGAGACAGCCUGCUGAGUGCAUAUACACAUCCAAAGAGAGUAUGGGGAAGAAGCUGGACCUGACUGCUUUAACGGAGGAUGAAGCGGAACAUGUGCUGCAGGUGGUUCAGCGGGAUUUUGACCUUCGGAAGAAGGAGCAGGAGCGACUUAGUGAGCUGAAGCAGAAACUAAAUGAAGAGGGCAACAAGUGCACCAUCCUCUCCAAGCAGGAAAAGUUCAACAAGAACUGCUGCAUUCGCUGCUGCAGUGCUUUUACAUUCCUAAUCAACAGCAAGCACCCAUGCUCUGACUGCAAGUUCAACAUCUGCAAGAACUGCGGUGCCUACAGCAAGAAGGAGAAGGCCUGGAUCUGCACCGUGUGUCAUCAGGCCAGGCUCCUGAGGACCCAGUCUUUGGAAUGGUACUACAAUAAUGUCAAGUGCAGGUUCAAGCACUUUGGCAGCGCCAAGGUGGUUCACACAUUGUACAAGCGACGCCUAGCAGGCAGAGGGAGCCAGUCCGCUACACUAGGAGACAAUGUUCUUGAUGGCAGCCAAGAUAAUGAAGAGCAGACCUGUGGCAGUGGGUGCAGACAGACAGAUGGUCACACUCUCAAUGAAACUCUAGCUGUGGCUCUUCGAGUGGCUGAGGAAGCAAUUGAAGAGGCAAUCACCAAGGCAGACUCCUACAGUGAUAGUUUGGAAAAACAGAGCGAGAGCCAAUAUUUACAAGAGCACAAAGAGGAGUUGAUAGAGGAGCUCGCCACUACUAUACUGCAGAAGGUGAUAAAGAGGAGGAAAUCUGGGAGCAGCUUCACUGACUCUGAGUCAGAACUGGCACACUCCCAGCGCAAGACUUCCACCAAGGAUUUUGCUCGACCUCUUCUUGAAAGCCACCAGGAGAUGUCAAACCUAUGGAGGUCUCACUCUGACUCCUCACUGACUAAUGCAGAUAUCCCACCCAAGGAGAGUGCUGAAGCCAGCCUUAAACCUGCAGAGGCCACGUGGGGCCAGGGACAGCUCCAACCCUCUCAAAGUACGGAUAUCCGCCCCUACUCACUGCCAACAUGGAAAAGCAUGGAGCUGCUGGAUAAUGCAGGUUCUUCAGCUGUGCUCCACAGUCCUGACGGCAACUGGAUGGCGAUGCCUUGUAGACCCUCUGCGCCCCCUCAGCUGCUGACUAAGCCAAAAAGCCGAGUGUUUGUCGCCCUGGAGCAAGAGACAGACGUGGUAUCUGCCUACGAUGAGAUGGGAACAGAUGAAGACAAUGAUGAUGACACUGGCUGGAGUUCGGCCUUCACAGAGUUCAGGCCACACUCUGGAAAGUUAUCUGAUGAGACCUGCUUCAUGGGUUCCCAGCAGGACAACGACUCGAUGUAUGCUGAAGGGAAACAGCAAUCCGUCACAUCGCCGUUAUCCGGCCAUUACACGGAGACCAUGCGCUCAGACUCCGAACCAUCCCCCUUGAGUUCCAUACGGAUAUCUGUGAGGGGCCCAGAUGGCCAAGUGAUGGUUGAUGAAAGAGGACCGCAGAUGGGGGACCACAGGGCACCCAGCCCCCACUAUUUGGGGCAGCUGGACUUAAACUACAACGCACAGACCCCAGACUUAGGGACCCUUGACAGCAGUGAUGAUGAAGAUCUUCCUGAUACGUCUGGCAGGAAGUACAGACAGCGGAAAAGAAGCAAAAGCUCAUCCCAUGAGAAACUGUUCGAAACCGAAGGGCCAUUCAGAAGCCAGCAGUCAACGCCCAAAAACACUUGCCAGGAGCUGAGCAGAUGCAUGUUGGCCAUGGAGCAGAAUCUUGCCCGGCUAGAGAGGAGAAUCAGCCUGGAAACCUGGAGCAGAGAGAAAUCACCAGUUCCCGUGGACAAGAUCCAAGCCCCUGAGGGUAAAAGCGACCUGGAUGCAUACAGUGGUGCUUCGCUCUCGAGAAGCCAGGCAGAUAUGGUGGAAAAGGAACUGAAGUCAAAGAUGUUUCGGCUAAUUAUGAAGCUAAGUGACAAGGAGUCAUCGUCUGGGGAUGAGCUAGAUCUAGAGUCAAUCGAGGGAGCUCAGGAGACCUCCUCUUGUGAAGAAGACCAUAAGCACAUUCAGGAUGAACUUGUGAGGAAGUACUCAGCCAUCUCGCUCUGCAGCAUUACGACAGAGGCACUGAAAGUCCUUGGUGCCACGGAGGACCUAAUUGAGGCCACACAGGAAGAUCGUUCACUGCCUGAUUCUUGUGAGGGGAGGAUACCCUCAGAGAAAGAAGCAGCCAAACUUCAGGCACAUCUCUCCAAACUUGAGGAAAAUGUUUACAUAACAGCCGGCACUGUGUACAGUCUUGAGGGCCAGCUGAAUGAUCUCGAGGACUGUGCUCGUAGUAUUCACAGUGUAACCACUGAAACCAAGCUGGCAGAUCUGGAAGAUCAGGUGGCAACAGCAGCUGCUCAGGUUCACCAAGCCGAACUCCAGGUUUCGGACAUAGAGCGCAGAAUUUCAGCCCUGAAUGUAGCAGGUCUGAACGUGGUCCCCUGUGAACGACUGCUGAAGAAACGUAACCUGCCCGAGGCGACGGCUGAGACGAUUGAUUCUUCAAGGCAACAGAGGAGAAAGCUUCCUGCACCACCAAAACAAGGAGAGAGAUUUGACAACAUGGGAACAAUCAGCAGGAAUGGUUUGUUUCAAGAUAACACAAAAACACAGAGCCAAAAGGAACCCGCAAUCGCAAUCGAAAGUCCUGCAAAGUCGGUACUGUACUGAGAAGUGGACAGCAUGCUGACCCACUCACUGUCUAUGGUUGUCCAUAGAGUGCCUUGAUUCAUGGAAAGCUUUGCCCAGAUCAUGGAUUUACCACCACUCAGUUCCCUAGAAACAGACUGUAACUGGAGACCUUCCUGGGAUCAUUCUGUAAUAACUUCUGGAUUGUACCUUUCCUUUGGUAAAUCAAAUGUUUUGCCUUAAUUUCGAAAGAGACCUUUUCUGAAUGGCAACUCGUCUCUCUAACAUUGGUCCACAUUAAAUGAAAAGCACUUUGGCGUAUUGAUGUACAGAAUUUGUGGUGUUCAUGUAUGUGAUUUGUCUUUAUAUGAUAGCACAAGCUCAAUGUAUUUGGAGGCAGGUUUAUUUGUAAGUGACUUGUCCACUGUAUAAUCUUACUCAAAUGCAAAAUGGUUGUCCAAGUAGCCAAAAAAAAUCCCGGGGUAUACUGUACUUCUGCCAAUCCUGGGUUACUGGCUGUUCUUCUUCAAUUCGCUGGCGUGACAACAUUAUUGAACCAAUUUAUAAUCAUUAUUUUGAAGUGCAUAUUUGUUUUCAGAUAAAUAAUUUGGGUCUGAAAUGUUCAUUGAUUUUAUUUUUAUGUUGAGCACAUCAAACUUUCAUCCAGACUGAAUGGAUUGCAGAGCAGGGCCUCUGAGUGAUAUAUUUUUAUUGUUUUUUUGCAAAAGUCAGCAGGGCCAUCAAGCACCUCUCUCAGUUACUGGGGCCAAGAUACUAAACAGAAGAGACAAACAAAGAUCAAAACAUUUUUGGAAAAGUAUUACAAAUCAAAGU